AUUCUGUACAGUCAAGCUUUAUGCUUCCUGGGCCAGCUUCCAUCUCCUUAUGCAAAACUCAAUACAGAGGACACAGUCGAAAUUUAAAGAAAGCUCUGCUCUGCUCGAGUUCAAAGAUGAAAUUUCAGUCGAUCCAAGGGGAGCACUCGAUGAUUGGGACAACAACACUUCAGUCCUAUUCUGCUCUUGGUCCGGAGUCAUCUGUGACGAAUUGCAGGAGCAUGUCGUAUCUCUAAACUUGUCCGGUCUUGGAUUGAUCGGGCGCAUUUCCACGUCAAUAGGAAGAUUGAACCUCCUUUCACUUCUGGACCUGAGCCACAACUCGUUUUCCGGAAGCAUUCCAUCGGAAAUUGGUCUUCUGAAGGAGCUCACCAUUUUUCACUUAACCGACAACGAGGGGAUUAAUGGUUCCAUCCCAGAGAGCAUUGGCGGCUGCACUCUACUCACCGAUUUGCAGAUUGGGUGGACGAGUAUCUCAGGAGGCAUUCCGCCCACCAUAGGGAACUGUCAAAAGCUGCAGACACUGCGGUUGUUUUCGAAUGCUGCACUGGGUGGUCAAAUUCCCUACAACUUGAGCCUUUUAGGGAGCCUGACGGUGCUGGAUCUCCAAAACAACAGUUUGAUCGGAAUUAUACCUCCUGAAUUUGGCAGGAUACAGAGACUGCAGAUCUUGCGUCUGGGUACCAAUGAGUUGAGUGGCAACAUCCCUCCAGAGCUAUCGCAGUUGUCAUUGCUGCAAGUGCUGUCACUUGAUUUCAACAACUUCAGUGGAACGAUACCUGAACAAGUGGGGCUACUUUCUAACUUGAGGGUACUGAACCUGACCCAGAAUUUGCUGAGCGGAUCGAUACCUGACGAAGUGGAGCUGCUUUUCAAUCUGAGGGUUUUGAAUCUGACACACAAUUCGUUCAGCGGAAAACUGCCAUCGAAAAUCUGGGGAAACAUGUCACACCUGGAGGAGCUUCACCUCUGCAGCAAUCUCUUCGAAGGCCAAAUUCCAUCUGAAUUGGGGAGUAUACGUUCUCUGAAAGUCUUGAAGCUGGGGGAGAACGCUUUGAAUGGGGAAAUUCCUUCAAGUUUAGGUGGUCUUGGAAACUUGACGGACAUAGACUUGUCCUUGACCCAGCUCCAUGGAACCAUACCGCCUACUUUUGCAGAUCUCUCGGCUCUCAGGAUGCUGUACAUCAGAGAUACCGACCUCUCGGGCUCAAUUCCCUGGGAAACUUUGAGCCAAAUUCCACACUUGGAAGAAAUCAUGAUGACGGGAAAUCUCUUCAAUGGCAGUCUGCCCGUCAAAUUUUCGAAUUUCUCUGCAGUCCAGAAGGUGGAACUUGGAUUCAACUCCUUGAGCGGCUCUAUACCCGAAGCAUUGUGCGAGAUGUUUCCCAACAUCAGGACUUUGGCAUUGCAACAAAACAGUCUCGAGGGAUCUUUGCCAGCGGCAAUUGGGAAUUGCUCCAAGCUGGAGGAUUUAGUCUUCGCUGAGAACAAUAUCAGUGGGAUACUUCCGAGCUCGUUAGAGAAGUGUGCCUCCCUUCAAUGGUUGGAAGGCUGGGCGAAUAAUCUCACAGGGCCUCUACCUCCUAAUUACGGCUUCCUCUCAAAUUUAACAUAUCUGAGCUUGGACAAUAAUACACUCAGUGGAACUAUCCCUCGGGAAUUCGGAAAUCUCACUCAGCUGGACAACCUGGCCUUAGCUACCAAUUUACUAAGCGGCCCAAUCCCUGCGUUCCUGGGCUCUCUUCCGGCGCUCAUCUUUCUGAAUCUUGGAAGCAACUCCUUCUCUGGCACCAUCCCAGGAGCCCUUCUGCAGAAUUCAGUGAUAGAAGAAUUACACCUUGAUUCGAACCUGCUCGAGGGAAAGCUUCCUGAAGAGAUAGGACAAGCUACAAACCUCAUCAGUCUGAAGAUUCACAACAACAAGUUCAGCGGAAGCAUACCAUCGACCUUGGGAAAUCUGACAUUGCUGACCACGUUGUUUUUGCGGAAUAACUCGCUCACAGGUGCAAUUCCGGAGAGUCUGGCGCUCCUCGUGAAUCUUGUGAACCUAGAUAUCGGUAUGAAUGACUUCACCAGCGAAUUUCCUGACGUGCUGAGAAAUUUGACCAAUCUGGAGUCCCUUUGGCUGACCAACAAUCUCCUCACAGGACAACUUCCAUCGUGGAUUGGCACCCUGAGCAACCUUCGCUAUCUGAGCCUGGGAUUCAAUAAUUUAGAAGGUCCUAUACCCGAGCAGAUGGGGGAUCUUACCGAACUGAGGUACUUGGCGCUCAAUGAUAACAAGCUGACUGGCAAGAUUCCGCAGACUCUAAGACUUCUGUCCCGCCUCCAUUUCCUGAACUUGGCCACUAAUUCUCUCACUGGUGACCUCGACCUAGACUUCAGCAACUAUGGUUCCAUCCACAACAUUUCUAUCCUGCUCAAUGGAAACAACCUCACAGGUCCUUUCCCGCCGUCACUGCAGAAUGUUUCUAUGAAGCUAUUGGACCUGAGUGACAAUCAGUUGAGUGGGUCUCUACCAGACGUUCCCGGGCUGACUCCCAUGCACUUGAAAGUAAUUCUGCUCAGGUCCAACAACUUCGUUGGAGUCCUUCCAUCUUGGCUAUGGCGUCUUCAGAGUUUGCAAGAUCUGGACUUUUCAGACAACAUCUUCACGGGUGCACUUCCCCCAGAAGUUGGCAACCUCAAGAAGCUGAGGGUGGUCUCGAACAGCAAUUCACGCUCACUCAGCGAGUUCGAAUCCACCGACGGCAACGAUGCUCGCCAGUUCACUCACUAUGAGAUCACCUUCAAUGUCAAGAAUGGGGUCACUACUUUCAGCUCGGUGGUCGCAUCGUACAGUAUUAUCGACUUCUCUGGGAACCGACUCGAGGGCGAAAUUCCCUCCGAGUUGUACCAACUGGGAGGACUACGAUUUUUGAAUUUGUCCUACAAUUCUUUCAAGGGGCCUAUAUCGGAGGACAUCGGCGGGCUGCAGAACCUGGAUCAGCUCGAUCUCUCACACAACCGACUCAAGGGUCAGGUUCCAUCGACAAUCGCGAGCCUGGGGUUUCUGGGAGUGUUAGAUCUCUCGUACAACAAUUUGUCGGGGAGAAUUCCAGAGCAGAUUGUAAAGUUCGUGAACACUUCAUUCGUAGGAAAUUUCGGGCUUUGUGGUCCUCCCUUAUCCACUUUGUGCACCGACCAGUCACCCCGAGAGUCACCAGACGAUCUCAAUUCAGCUGAGAACGAUCAAGAGCAGAGCCUGGUGGAUGAUCUCUUCUCUCUGGAAGCAGCCAUGGCCUUCAUCAUCGGAGCUGCGGCAGGUUUCGGAGGGUUUUCCACUGCAAUUGUUCUGACUCCGUCGUUGCGGCAUGCUGUCUUCCAUUAUCGAAGACCGAAAGUAGUCUCAACAGCGUGUACAUAUCACAUAUAUGUGUAAAUACUUCUGAACUUUGUUAGAUCGCUUGUACAUUUAAAUAAUAUUCUAUGCAAAACUCUUGUCCACUGUUGUUUCCACUCAUGAAACCAUUCACUAAA